UUUGCUGAGGCAACUCAGGAACUCAAUAGAACAAUGGAAUUCCAUUCUUCCAUAGGAAAUUUGGAUGAAGAUGGAUAUACUCAAUUAGACUUCAGCUCUUGCAAUAUCAUCAGGAAAUCUGUGGUCUCAGAGAAAGGAUUUUGUGCUGCAUCCCCUCGUUGGCGUCCCAUUGCUGUUACUUUGGGAAUUUUAUGCUUGGUAAUGCUGGUGAUAACUGUGGUCCUGUGUACCAUGGCUAUCUGGAGAUCCAGUUCAGGGAGCAACCUGUUGAAGAAUAACAGCUUUCAAUCAAGAAAUAAAGAGAACCACAGUCAACCCACACAAUCGUCUUUAGAAGGGAAUGUGGCUCCUACCAAGGCUCUCACGACCACAGGAGUUCUUUCUAGCUCUUGUCCCCCUAACUGGAUCACACAUCAGAAUAGCUGUUAUCUAUUUAGCACAUCACUAGAUUCCUGGGAUACAAGUAAAAGACGGUGCUUUCAACUGGGCUCUAAUCUCCUGAAGAUAGACAGCUUAAAAGAGUUGGAAUUUAUAUCUAGGCAAGUGUCUUCCCAACCUGACCAUUCAUUUUGGAUAGGGCUUUCUCGCCGUCAGACUGAAGAACCAUGGCUCUGGGACGAUGGUUCAAUGUUGUUGUCUAACUUGUUUCAAAUCAGAAGAACAGUUACCAAACAAGACUCAUCUCACAGUUGUGUAUGGAUUCAUGUGUCAGUCAUUUACAACCAGCUUUGUAGUAGGCCUUCAUACAGUAUUUGUGAGAAGAAGCUGUCAAUAUAA